GCGUGUCUGGAGGACGGGGACCCGCCUCCGACCGCCUCUCGACUCUGGGGCUUUUUAAGGCCAGUCCUCUCCGCAGCCAACCCCGGCGGGGAAAACGUAGCGCGCAUGCGGCGCCGGGCACCCUCCAGAUAGUCUCAGCAGAAGCGUGGUUAGACAAAAUGGCCCUGGUGCCCUAUGAGGAGACCAGGGGAAUGGGGCUCCAGAAAUUCCACCAGCCUCUUGCCACUUUCUCCUUUGCAAACCACACGAUCCAAAUCCGGCAGGACUGGAGGCAGCUUGGAGUCGCAGCAGUUGUUUGGGAUKCGGCUGUUGUCCUUUCCACGUUCCUGGAGAUGGGCGCUGUGGAGCUCAGGGACUGCUCUGCCGUGGAGCUGGGUGCUGGCACAGGGCUGGUGGGCAUAGUAGCUGCCCUGCUGGGUGCUCACGUGACUAUCACGGAUCGAAAAGUAGCACUAGAAUUUCUUAAAUCCAAUGUUCAAGCCAACUUACCUCCCCAUAUCCAACCCAAAGCUGUUGUUAAGGAGCUGACUUGGGGACACAAUUUGGGGAAUUUUUCACCUGGAGAAUUUGACCUGAUACUUGGAGCUGACAUCAUAUAUUUAGAAGAGACAUUCACAGAUCUUCUUCAAACACUGGAACAUCUCUCUAGCAACCACUCAGUGAUACUUUUAGCUUGCCGAAUUCGCUAUGAACGAGAUAACAACUUCUUAGCGAUGCUGGAGAAGCGAUUUACUGUGAGUAAGGCUCACUAUGAUCCUGAAAAAGAUGUACAUAUUUAUAAAGCACAGAAAAGAAACCCAUGGGAUGACUUAUAAUUGGCUACGCUUAUAAGAAUAUUGUCAUUGAGUGUGUCAGUUAAGGUCUUAGACUGGAAAUCUAACCAUACUUAAAUGAAAUGGUUGUUGUACACAUCUCUCUAACCAAAGGUUGUCAAGGGACAAAGCACAUAAGCAGUGCUUUGUUCUAUUGCUGUGAGUUUAGUCCUGUCUUACUCUGAAAUUCCAUCAACAUUAAAGGAAAGUGUGAGAUUGUCA